GGGUGGGGGAGGCCAUGAUGGAGCUUGGUGUCUACUGGGGUAUGAGGCCAGAGGCUGAGGGGGACGGGAGUUGCUGGGACCGGGUGAGUCGGAGGGAGGAAGAAGAAAUGAAGGGUGGGUUUAUGGAGAAAAGUCGAGAAAGAAGAGAGGCAGGAGAGGCAGACCGCGGGACAAGGGGGAGGUGGGGACCACAUUUUCCUUUCUGGGGUAUUUCUCGCGCCCCGUGCCCAUCCCCCAGACGCAGUGCUUGUUGUCUUUGGAAGCUCUGGACGCCCCUUUGGACUACUAGGGGACUUCCUCCUUUUCCUCGCAUUUGCGAGACCUUGUCUCCUGAGGUGAGGAAGGGGCUUCUGAGGAAGGGCUUCUUGGCCCUCACCCCAGUGCUGAGGAGUCCAAGAAGUAGAAAAGUAGUCCCCUAGGUUCCAACCUUGACUCCGCCAUCAACGAACUACCAACUCUGUGACCUUGGACAAGUCACUACCUUCGUAGGGCCUUGGAUUUCUUAUUGACUUAAAUUUUAAAAAGGAAAAUUGAUGAAAAUGAUAUUCUAGGUGUCUUCCAGCCUCAACAUGGGGCGUUUUUUGAAGAGAAAAUUAUGGCGAGUGGUUCUACGACCUGGGGAAGCCUGAAGAUGCAAGCGAGGCCUUUAGCCGGGCUGGAGGAAAAUCCCCAGGGAUGUGGGGGAGGGGAGACAAAGUCUGCAUUGCCUAGGCCAGCUCUCAGCAUCCUGUGGGAGGGACGGUAGAAGAUUUGAGCCUUGAGUCAAGAAAGAUGAGGACCAGAAGUAACGUUCUGUUCCUUAGAGUGAGGAAGUGAUGGGUGAUGGAAGAUCAUAGAAACAAUGAGAAGAUAUUUUCUGGAAAGGCUCCAGGCUCUUUGGGAAUAAGAGGAACAGUGGUGCCUGUGGACUAGGAAGAUUUUGGGGAACAGGGAGGGAGAGGCAGGUGGUGUUUGGGGGCAGCUGAAGAACGGUAGCAGGUAGAUAGACUUCAUAGUAAUCAGCUCUUCUCUUUGGCUCUCUCUCUCCUCUCUCUCUCUCUCUCUCUCUCUGUCUGUCUGUUUCUGUCUCUGUCUCUGUCUCUCUCUCUCUCUCUCUCUCUCAUCUUUCUCGGUGCUGGGAAUGGAAUCCAGGCCCUUAUUCUUGCUAGGCAAGCAAUUCAUCACAGCCCUAACCCUCAGCUGUUCCUUUUUGAUGAUGGCUACCUCCUGAGAGGUGUGCCUCCUGGCCUUUGUUUCCCAGCACAGCCCUUCAGGGAGUGGGAGUGAGUCAGACCGGGCAGACCUUGGGAUCUCCUGGCUCUCUGAGCAUUUCAGAACUUUAGGGUGAAAAGAAAACAGGGGAAUGCAUCUAAGUGUAAGAAAUACCAUCUGUGGUACCAUCUUCCUUGCUGGGAAGCAGCUUUGUGGAGUGAAAGCACAGCUUCUGGCAUCAGACUGCUUGGAUUCCAAACCUGCCUCUGCCAUUUAAUCUCUUGGAACCUUGGUCAAGGUGACACAGAAUCUGCUUCUUUUUCAGUUCCCAUCCCUCUGACCCUCUCUUGAAUUAGUUAUUUCUUCAUAUUCUAAUCCAGAAUUGUAAGGAGACCCAUAGUUCCAUAGGCAUUGCAGCAGGUGGGAAAGGGAUAGGUGUUUCAGGAAAGAAAGGACACACAUAGCAUAGAGGAAGCUCCAGGAAGAGAAGCCUUUGGAAGUUCCAUAGAAAUUUACAUUCAUUCCAUUGCUUUAUUUUCUGUGGAUAACUCACCAAAACAGACUAAUGUCUAAAUCCUGGCGAGAGGUCUCCAUCCCAAAUUGAAAAUGGUUUUCCCAUGUCAGUACUUGAUUCCAGUUCCCUUUCCCCAAGCAAGAAAGACCUCUGCCAAGCUGCCUUUUUCUGUCUUAGCCUGUAUUCAGAGAAUUUAAACAAAGAUACAGAGGCAUACAUACAUGUGGUCUUUUAGGGUGUUUCAUUAUGCAAAAAUCUAAUAAGGUUAGGGAUGAGACUGCAUUUUAUCACAGUACUUGGUGUGCAGGGCCUGUCUAGGGACUCAAUCUAUUGAGCCAAGAUUGCGAGAUAGGCUUUAUUAAAAGACUUAGUUAGAUGAGAGAUUUUGUAGGGUAGCAAUAGGGAACCACCCUUGGUUCUCAAGCAAGAAAGUGUUGGAUCCUUCCUGAUUUGACCACUGGAGUUGUAGGGAAGUCGGUUCCCGAUUCUGGUCCCCGGCCCCCAGCAGCGCCUGCCCCCUUCCCACCGGGGCCCCCCAUGAUGCCACCACCCUUCAUGCCCCCUCCAGGGAUCCCCCCACCCUUUCCUCCGAUGGGGCUCCCCCCCAUGAGUCAGAGACCACCAGCCAUCCCCCCAAUGCCGCCUGGGAUCCUGCCCCCAAUGCUUCCACCAAUGGGGGCGCCACCACCACUCACACAGAUACCAGGAAUGGUACCUCCGAUGAUGCCAGGAAUGCUGAUGCCAGCAGUGCCUGUUACCGCAGCGACGGCUCCGGGUGCGGACACCGCCAGCUCUGCUGUGGCUGGGACAGGUCCUCCGAGGGCCCUAUGGAGUGAGCAUGUGGCCCCUGAUGGGCGCAUCUACUACUACAAUGCUGACGACAAGCAGUCCGUGUGGGAGAAGCCCAGCGUGCUCAAGUCCAAGGCAGAGCUGCUGCUGUCCCAGAGUCCCUGGAAAGAGUACAAGUCGGACACAGGCAAACCUUACUACUAUAACAACCAGAGUCAGGAAUCCCGCUGGACCCGGCCAAAGGAUCUGGAUGACCUGGAGGCUCUAGUCAAACAAGAGGCUGCAGGGAAACAGCAGCCUCAGGCACUACAGCCACAGCCUCCUCAGCCACAGCCUCCUCAGCCACAGCCUGAGCCCCCACCUGUACCUCCCGGCCCCACCCCAGGGUCCACAGAGCCAGAUGGAAGUGAAGAUUGUGAUGUGUCAGAGGCUUCCCAGCCCCUGGAGCAGGGUUUCCUGCAGCAGGUGGAGGAGGGCCCCAGCAGUUCUGCUGGACAACAUCACCUACAACAGCAGGAGGAGGAAGAAUCCAAGCCAGAACCAGAGAGGUCUGGCCUCAGCUGGAGCAACCGGGAGAAGGCCAAGCAGGCAUUCAAGGAGCUGCUGAGGGAUAAGGCUGUCCCCUCCAAUGCCUCAUGGGAACAGGCCAUGAAGAUGGUGGUCACUGACCCUCGUUACAGUGCCUUGCCCAAACUCAGUGAGAAAAAGCAAGCAUUCAAUGCCUAUAAGGCACAGCGGGAGAAGGAGGAGAAGGAGGAGGCCCGGCUGAGGGCCAAGGAAGCCAAGCAGACCCUGCAGCAUUUCCUGGAGCAGCAUGAACGCAUGACCUCCACCACCCGCUACCGGCGGGCAGAACAGACCUUUGGGGAACUGGAGGUCUGGGCUGUGGUCCCAGAGAGGGACCGAAAAGAGGUUUAUGAUGAUGUCCUCUUCUUCCUGGCCAAGAAGGAGAAGGAACAGGCCAAGCAGCUUCGGCGCCGCAAUAUCCAGGCUCUGAAGAGCAUCCUGGAUGGGAUGAGUAGUGUUAACUUCCAAACUACAUGGUCCCAGGCCCAGCAGUACCUCAUGGAUAACCCCAGCUUUGCUCAAGAUCAUCAGCUGCAGAACAUGGACAAGGAGGAUGCUCUGAUCUGCUUUGAGGAGCACAUCCGAGCUUUGGAGAGGGAGGAGGAGGAAGAGCGGGAACGGUCCCGGCUUCGGGAGCGUCGUCAGCAACGCAAGAACCGGGAGGCCUUCCAGACCUUCCUGGAUGAGCUGCAUGAAACAGGGCAGCUGCACUCCAUGUCCACCUGGAUGGAGCUGUACCCAGCAGUCAGCACUGAUGUCCGGUUUGCCAACAUGCUGGGCCAGCCGGGCUCCACCCCUCUGGACUUGUUCAAGUUCUAUGUGGAGGAGUUGAAGGCUCGAUUCCAUGAUGAGAAGAAGAUCAUAAAGGACAUUCUUAAGGACCGGGGCUUCUGUGUGGAGGUGAACACAGCCUUUGAGGACUUCGCCCACGUCAUAAGCUUUGACAAGAGGGCUGCUGCGCUGGACGCAGGCAACAUCAAGCUGACCUUCAAUAGUCUGCUGGAGAAAGCAGAGGCACGGGAGAGGGAGCGGGAAAAGGAGGAGGCACGAAGGAUGCGGCGCAGGGAAGCUGCCUUUCGAAGCAUGCUGAGGCAGGCUGUGCCUGCUCUGGAGCUGGGCACUGCAUGGGAAGAGGUCCGUGAGCGCUUUGUGUGUGACUCAGCCUUUGAGCAGAUCACCCUGGAGUCGGAACGGAUCCGGCUCUUCCGGGAGUUCCUGCAGGUGUUGGAGCAGACUGAAUGCCAGCACCUCCACACCAAAGGCCGAAAGCAUGGCAGGAAAGGCAAGAAGCACCAUCACAAGCAUUCUCACUCACCUUCAGGCUCCGAGUCGGAAGAGGAGGAGCUGCCCCCACCAUCCCUCCGACCCCCUAAGCGGAAGCGGCGGAACCCCUCAGAGUCUGGCUCUGAGCCCUCAUCUUCACUUGAUUCAGUCGAAAGUGGGGGUGCUGCCCUUGGAGGACGGGGCUCCCCAUCCUCCCACCUUCUCCUUGCAUCAGAUCAUGGCCUUCGGAAAGUCAAGAAACCAAAAAAGAAAACUAGGAAGAGAAGACACAAGUCGAACAGUCCUGAGAGUGAAACUGACCCUGAGGAGAAAGCUGGCAAGGAGAGUGAAGAGAGAGAGCAAGAACAGGACAGGGAGCUUCGGCACGUGGAGCUCCCUAACCGCUCCCCAGGCUUCGGAGUCAAGAAGGAGAAGACAGGCUGGGACACAUCAGAAAGUGAGCUGAGUGAGGGAGAGCUGGAGAGGCGGCGGCGGACGCUUCUACAGCAGCUGGACGACCACCAGUGACCCAACAAGCUGCUCUCUGCCUUGGACCCGGCCUGUGUGAGGCAGUGGCUCCUGGGCCACCCUCCCUGUGCCUCAGACUCCUUCCUUCAUCUGGUCUGUGUCUACUUUUCCUAAAGUAACUUUACCCUCAACACACCACUGUUGGCACCUCUCAAGGUUUGCUUUGGUGUUCAAGGGUCCCUCGCUUCCUGGACAACUCGUGCAGUCCUUCCCUCAGCCUCAGACCAGAGAUGGGUGUCUGCGUCAUGUGGGGUGGGUGAUGCCAGUGGGUACAGUGUGAGUGCAGGGGUCUCCAGGGAAGAGACUGGCUA